UCCCCGAAACGAUUCAUCUCAAUAGUACUUAAGGCCGUCUUGAGCCAAGUAAAGCUCAUUGUGGAGCGCCGCUAGCCGACGAUCGGUCGUGUCUUGUAAUCAGUUUUUCAAAGUGCAUAAACAAUUUAUUAAUAAACUUUAGAACAGUUCUUGAGAUUCCCCACCAUGAUAGGGAUCUCUUUGUUUGCAGUUAUCUUGCUGAAGGCUCUGCUAGUCAAUGCCAACGGCAUUUAUACGGUAGUAUGUCCAGGCACCAUCCGCUCCAACUCCAAGUACAAUGUCGCCGUUACCAUUCACAAGGCAGAUAACUCAUGCCAGAUUAAGGUUACUCUGAGCGGACCCUCCUUCAACGAGACAAAGGAAAUCGAAGUCCCUCCGAAGUUCACUAAAAACCUAGAGUUCCAGGUGCCGCAACUGGCUCCUGGAAACUACCAGCUGAUCGCCCAGGGGGUAUCCGGAGUGGAGUUCCGGGAGACUUCCAAGCUGAAUUAUGCCGAUGGAAUGCCCUCGACAUUUGUUCAGACCGACAAGGCCACCUACAAGCCUGCUGAUCUAGUACAGUUUCGGGUUUUCUUCCUCGAUGAGAAGACGCGACCCGCCCAGAUCGACAAGCCCAUAUCGGUAGUGAUCACCGACGGGGCCCAGAAUAGGAUCAAGCAAUUUACGGAUGUCAAGUUGACCAAGGGAGUCUAUUCCGGGGAGCUCCAACUGUCCGAGCAACCUGUCCUGGGCACUUGGAAGAUCUCCGUCAGUGUGGAUGGUAAUACCAUGGAGACCAAGACCUUUGAGGUGGACAAGUACGUGCUGCCAAAGUUUGAGGUGAUCAUAGACACAGCCAAGGACGUGCUGUUAGCCGACGAAGUGGUGAAGGCCACAAUCAGGGCCAAGUACACACAUGGUAAACCCGUCAAGGGCAAAGCAACUAUUUCGAUGGAACCUACUAGCUUGUAUUAUCAUCCAAAGGUAGGGAAGACUAUCGAUUUGGAUGGUAAGGGUCAUGUGGAGUUUAAGGUUGAUAGCAGAAGAUUGGAAUAUUACGAGAAAAUCUUUGCCACUGUAACCGAGGAACUGACUGGGAAGCAAAUUAAUAGCACCGCUACCGUACACCUCCAUAGGAAACCAUAUCAGAUAACAGUACUCGAAGAGCCUGAUUACUUUCAACGAUACAAGCCGUUUGUCUAUCAGGUGGCAGUAAAGAAAUUUGACGGAUCUCCGGUGGUGGGUUCGGCGAAGAAUGUCACUUUGGCUUUUAAACGUUAUAAUAAACCACACUUAACUUUUGAAGCCCCGCUGAACGACAACGGCAUUGCUACAUUUACUCUUACCCCGACCCGGUUUAAUUCUGAUUUUUACUUUGUAUAUGCCACUUAUGAUGGGGUUGAAAUUGAAAGUAAACGCCUUUACCGAUCCAAUUCUAACUUAAGUGAGCAGCUUAGGAUUCAGAUUAACACGAAAAGUCCUCGCCUGGGUCACGUUGUUUCCUUCGAUGUCAAAUCGCCUAAUUAUAUUCCCUACUUCGUGUUCACCAUUGUGGCCAGAGGUAACAUUGUGCUCACCCAAUACAUAAAUGUUCCCAUGGGUCAGAAAACCCGCAGCGCUACGUUUACUCCCACCUUUGAAAUGUUGCCCACGGCUACGAUCUAUAUCCAUUACGUCGUCAACAACAGACUACACUUUGAGGAGCAAAGCAUCGAGUUCGAAAAGGAGUUCAUAAACUCGAUCGAUAUCUCGGCUCCACUGAAUGCCAGGCCCAGUGAAAGGGUUAAGCUCACAGUGAAAACCGAUGCCGACUCCUUUGUGGGUCUUCUGGGAGUGGAUCAGAGUGUCCUGCUUCACAAGUCUGGAAACGAUCUCAGUCGAGAUAAUAUCUUCAAUGGUCUGAAGCAGAAGUACCAGACGUCGAGAUCGAAGAUGUAUGGUUACGAAAAAUAUCCUGGCAAAACCUCGGGCUUGGUGACUUUAACCAAUGCUAAUUAUGAUGAUGAUCAAUGGAACUCAGAAGAUUGCCUAUAUGGGCUCUUUGGUAGUUGGUACGGGAGACGAUGUAGGUACAUCAGAAAUUGGAAUCGGGGUAGACCCAACAGAAGAUAUUACCAGACCCGUGUCAUGCCAGCGUUUCCGGAUGACUAUGAAAUAGACUAUUUAGUUGCGCCUAAGAAAUCUGUAAAUCCAGUACAAGUACCAAGAGUCAACCCAAAGCCGAAAUCAAAACCACCACCACCAGUUCGUAAAGAGUUUCCCGAAACUUGGCUGUUCACCAAUAGCGUCGAUGUGAACGGAGAGGGUUUCACCUUAACCAAGAAGGUCCCGGACACCAUUACUUCUUGGGUUGUCACUGGCUUCUCACUGAACCCCACCUCGGGCAUUGCCCUGACCAAGACCCCCAGCCAGAUCCGGGUGUUCCAGCCGUUCUUUGUGUCCACCAACCUGCCGUAUUCCGUCAAGAGAGGCGAAGUGAUAGCCGUUCCCGUGCUGGUAUUCAACUAUCUGGACAAGGCCGUCGAAGCGGAGGUCGUAAUGGACAACUCCGACCACGAAUACGAGUUCACCGAGGCCACCAAUGAGGUCUUGGAGAGGGCCAUCGACGAGGUGCGCCGCGUCAAACGGAUCACAAUCCCCGAGAACACUGGCCAGAGUGUCUCCUUCAUGAUUCGACCCAAAAACGUGGGAUACACCACCCUCAAGAUCACGGCCACAUCGCCGUUGGCCGGCGACACCAUCCACCAGAAAUUGAAGGUGGAGCCAGAGGGAGUCACACAGUUUGAGAAUCGGGCGAUCUUCAUCAACCUGAAGGAUCAAUCGGAGAUCUCGCAGUCCCUGGAGGCGGAGAUACCCGCGGAAGCUGUGCCUCAAUCCGAGUUUAUUGAGUUCUCCGUAAUGGGAGAUCUGCUGGGACCCACGCUCCAGAAUUUGGACAACCUGGUGCGCAUGCCCUAUGGCUGCGGAGAGCAGAACAUGAUCAACUUCGUGCCCAACAUACUGGUGCUUAAGUAUCUGGAGGUCACCGGCCGAAGCAUGCCAGCCAUUGAGGCCAAGGCCAGGAAGUUCCUGGAGAUCGGUUACCAGAGGGAGCUGACCUACAAGCACGAUGACGGGUCCUACAGCGCCUUUGGCAAGUCGGAUUCCGCUGGAAGCACCUGGCUUACCGCCUACGUGAUGCGCUCCUUCCACCAGGCAGCGAAUUACACCCAAGUGGAUUCCAAGGUCGUGACUGCAGGCUUCGACUUCCUCGUCUCGAAGCAGAGGGAGACCGGCGAGUUCCCGGAGCUGGGAAAGCUCUUUGACAACAGCAAACAGAAUGCCCUGGCCCUCACCUCCUACGUCCUGCUGGCCUUUUUCGAAAACAAUGAACUGAUUUCGAAGUACCAGAGUGCCAUCGAUAAGGCAGUUGGCUAUGUGGCCCAGAAGGUGGACCAGACGGAGGACCAGUAUUCCCUGGCCAUUGCCGGCGUGGCCCUUCAGCUGGCCAAGCACCCGCAGGCGGAGAAGGUGUUAACCAAGUUGCAGGAAGUGGCUCGGAGUGAGAACGGCAUGAAGUGGUGGUCCAAGACUCCAGACACGAGUAGGAAGACACGCAGCAACGACGUGGAGAUCACCUCUUAUGUGCUGCUCGCCCUGCUCGAGAAGGAACCCGCGGAGAAGGCCCUGCCCAUCAUCAAAUGGCUGAUCUCUCAACGCAACAGCAAGGGAGGUUUCUCCUCCACCCAGGACACAGUGAUUGGACUGCAGGCCCUGACCAAGUUCGCCUCCAAGGCGGGCUCUGGAUCCGGCACCAUGGACAUUGAGUUUGUGGCUUCCCCAGAUGGCGGCUCUAAGGAAAAGAUCGCUGUCAACUCGGAGAACGCCCUGAUACUGCAGACCCACGUGCUGCCCAAAACCACUCGCAAGGUGGACUUCACGGCAAAGGGCUCUGGAUCUGCGAUGGUGCAGUUUUCGUACCGCUACAACCUGGCCGAGAAGGAGAAGAAGCCCAGCUUUAAGGUCACACCUACGGUCAAGGAAUCGCCCAGCCAGCUGCUGGUGCUGGACAUCUGUGCCGAGUACAUUCCACUGGAGGAUGGCGAUAAGGACAAGGACUCUAACAUGGCUGUCAUGGAGAUCGCUUUGCCCUCCGGCUUUGUGGGAGAUCUUGAAAGCCUGGGCAAGAUCAAGGCAGUGGACCGUGUGAAGCGGGUGGAGACCAAACACUCGGACUCUAAGGUGGUUGUCUACUUUGACAGCCUGACGCCCGGAGAUGUGAGGUGCCUGCCCGUGGAGGCUUCCAAGGCACACCCGGUGGCUAAGCAGAAGCCAGCCUCCGUCUCCCUUUACGAUUACUAUGACACGGAGCGCCGGGCCACCGAGUACUACCAGGUGCAGUCCUCGCUCUGUGACAUUUGCGAGGGCUCCGACUGCGGAGAGGGCUGCCAAAAGGCCUAAGAG